UGCCAUUAUCAGGAAGGUAAUCGCAGUGACAAUCUGGCUGUUUAUCAUUUGUUUUGGACUUCUUAUGGUCAUAUAUCCUUGGAUUUUUACAACCACUUUUACAUCUACACCUCUUUUUAUUUCCCUACCUGUGAUUGGUUUUUGUGAUGUCUCAGUUUUACAAGCUUUAAGAAAACCUGAUCCUUCAGGGAAAAGUAAUAUUCAUCCCCAAAAGAAGAGAGCCCUGCGUACCAUCAUUAAUAGUUUUAUUUUGACUUUCACUGCUUACUUGCCACCAGUACUUAUCUUUUCAUUUGGACACAAUUUACCAAUAAGUUUUGAUAUGUACUACUGCAAUUUAAUCUUUAUUGCAAUAUGUUCCAUUGUCUCUGGAGGUGUCAUUAUGCCAUUUCUGUAUCUGGAGAGCAUAGGUCAGCUCAACAUACAAAAUAUUGCAGAAAAAUUAAAAAUAAGGAGAUGAAAAUGGAAUGGAAAUAGAGUUUUUCCUAGUCUAUCUUUGUGGUCUUACAAUUAUAGUCAUAGUCAUUACUGAACUUACCUGAAAAUGAUUAAUGUACAAAUGGUCGUUUGGGGGUUAAUAGCCAAAUUACUUAAAUAUAGACAUUUGUUGUUAUAUAUUGGAAUUGUGUACAUUAAAAAUUAUAAUAUCUUUUUUGUGUUGACUUUUAUACUGUACAAAUACAAUACAGAUUUUGUGACAUAUAUUCAUCUUAAUAAAGUGUUUGCAAUUACUUCAUUAAUCAUUAUCCUAAUUUAUGCUAGAGUGCUAGUAUAGUGUCUUAUUAAGCACAAUAAGAUCAACUGAAAAGGAAAACAAGAUAGUAUUUAUUUCUGGGUAGACCUAAAUAAAAAUACAAAAUGGUAUGGUACAAAAAAAGGUUUCUCCACCUUGCCUGCUAGGAGAAUUCAAAUGAAAUUUGAGCAGAGUCAUGUUAUUUAUGCCUUGUUUGGAAUACAUAUGAGGAAUACAACAAGUGAUUAAUCUUAAGGAGGCAAUAACAUGAAACGUCCUAACAAUGCAAAGUUUAGUACACAUAGUACACAUUAAAGUAUACUAGUACACUGAUAUUAGUAUACUUACUACACAAAGUACUUGGAAAAUAUGUUUGAACUUCAAGUUCAAUAAAAAAAUGAACUUGAGGAAUAGUUACGUAAGAAAAUAAUGGGUAAUAUAAGGUAACUACAGGGGUUAAGGUUAGGUUUAGGGGGUUUGGGGUUAGUACCUAGUUAUUACCCAGUUAUUGCAAUUAUUGUAAUAAGUACAUUGUAUGUACAUGGAGAAGAGGACUGUAAAAUAAAGUGCUACUGUUCUUUUUUUUUUUUUUUUUGUAAGAGAAGAUAUUCUGGUAACACUUUAGACUACUGUUCCGUCAUUAAUGAAUAACUACAGGAACAAAUGAGUAACACACUAUUAACAUUCUUACUACUAUUAUCGUUACUACUAUUAACUAACAUGAAACUCUGAUUAAUGAAUUAGUAAUUAAUAGUGCUCAGUUGAAUGAGGUAGUUCACUAUUAGCUAAUCAAGAAAUACUUUUUUUUUUUUUCAUACCUCCCAGAGGACUACUAAGAACUACUAUAUACAGGUUCAUAAUUAAUGUGACUAAUGCAAAAAUAUAAUUAAUUCUAAAGUGUAGAUCAUGGUAACCCAUUAGUAAUGACUCAAAUAUUACCAAAUCCUUCAGAAGGAAUUACUAAUUAUUUGGAUCAGUAUUCUAAAGUGAGAAACAUGAUAACUCCCUAAUAUUGACUGAAGUCAUUGUAAGCUUUUGAGGGUUUUGUAAAGUUUUGGAUAGUAAUGACUCAAGUGUUAUUACAUCCUUCUAAAGGAAUUACUAAUUAUUUGUAUCAGUAUUCUAAAUUGAAGAUCAUGGAAACGCACUAGAAAUGACUCAAGUGUUACCAAAUCCAUCGGAAGGAAUUACUAUCCAGAACCUUACAAAAACAUCAAAAGCUUACAAUGACUUCAGUAAUUACUAGGGAGUUAUCAUGUUUUUCACUUUAGAAUAUGGAUCCAAAAAAUUAGUAGUUUCUUCUGAACAAUGUAGUAACACUUAAAUCAUUACUAGUGGGUUACCAUUACCUUCACUUUAGAAUUAAUUAUACAUUAUGCAUUAUUCAUAUUAAUUAUGAACUUGUGUAUUGAUUGAUUGAUUGAUUGAUUGACUGGAAUAGUAUAAUUACUUGUAUGCAGUACAGUUUUGACAGUUUUUUUUUUUUUUUUUUACUGAUAUAGCAACUCCAUAUUCAAAACUUUAGAAAGGAUUUGAAUAAUGUACACACCUGUGACACAUAUUCCUCACAACCAAAGCUUGUUGCUUUUCAUGGUCUCUCAGUCACAAGUUGACUUCUUUAAGGUAAGACAAAAAUUAUAAUUUCUUUACAUAUAAAAUGUUGAAAUAUGAUGACACAAAUUAGUUAAGAUCAGCCAAUUUAGUAGCCUUUAAUCUACAAAUUCAUGCUAACUAAAACAGCAUUGUAGAUUAAAUCUCAGUGCAGUGCAGUUUUAAAAUGUAUUGGACACAGUAAUAGCUAUUAAAACUUUUACUAUAACACAAGUCUCACUGGGAUGUUUUCUUCUCCAUUCAGCUCAGGAAAUAAACGAGAAAAUUCUUAUGCUAAAAAUGCCGGCAGAGACAUUAUCAUCCACUCAGAAUUCAUCAGAUUUUUCAAAUGUCACCAAGGACUAUUUUUGCACUGAACAGCCUAUUGGUCCUCUGUUCUGGUCAGGUUUCUCUGUUGUUUGCUUAAUCCUUGGUUUCCCAGCCAUUGUCAUGGUACUUCAGGAACUUUGUCAAAGACACAGACAAAACAUCUCUAAUGACUUCUUUGUGUUUAAUCUGACCUUUAUUGAUCUUUCUUACCUAAGCAUCCUCCCGUUUAGUGUCUUUAAUUACAUGAUCUGGCACAACAUACAAUUUGAAUGGUUUUGUAACUUCAUGUAUUCACUAACCGUAUCUGGCAGACCUCUCUUCAUGGCUUGUGUCUGUGGAGAUUAUUAUUUUGCUGUGGUUCAUCCCAUCAUCUACAUGACCAACAAGAGAAGUGCCAUGAUUAGGAAGAUAAUCUCUGUUAUAAUCUGGUUGUUUAUAAUUGGUUUUGGAUCACUCGCAGCCUCCAGUUCCUGGAUCUAUUUCACUGUUUUAGGGUGUACACCUUUGUUUAUUUCCCUGCCUGUCAUUGGUUUCUGUGAUGUCAUAGUUUUUCGAGCUCUGAGGAAAACCAAUCAUUCUGGGAAAAGUAAUGUACAUCCACAGAAGAAGAGAGCCCUGCGUACCAUCGUUAACAGUUUUGUCAUGACGUUUAUUGUUUACUUGCCACCAUCAAUGGUCUUUUCACUGGGAAACAAUUAUCACCUGAGUUAUGAAACUCAGUACUGUAUUUUAUUAUUCGUUGCAGUGUGUUUUACAAUUUCAGGCUGUGUCAUUAUGCCAGUUCUAUAUCUGGAGAGUACAGGCCAGCUCAACAUAAGAAGAAUUAUGAAAUAGACAGGGGAAAAAGGGAAACAUUAUUUUUGGGCUGGUGUGUUUUUUUUUUUUUUUUGUUCUUCUGUCGAUUGGUGCAUAAAUUAUUCAUGUAUUUGAUGUGGUGACAACUAUAUUUAUUAUCAUAUUACUUUACAUAAACAUGUAGUGUGGCUAUAAAAGGGACAUUCAGACAUUUUGUGCAGAACAAAAU